UGUUGAAAAUAAACAAUAAAAAAUAGUGAAAAGCUGAAAAUUGCUGUAAUACAUAAUACAGCGAAUUCAUACCAGUUAUUGGCAAAAGAAUUUACUGAUAUCUCUCUUCACUCAGCAUGAGUGCGUCGAGUGAAGGCGGCGCGGUAGGUGGUGGCGGUGGUGUAGGUGGCGGUACAGUGGGUGGCAGUGUCAGCGGAAGUACAGCUACAACAUCAUCAGCCAUAUUGAAAACGAUUAAAAUUCGGAAUCUGAAUCAAGGCACACCAAUCAAUUUGCUAUCACACACGCCAACAGCAACAACAACAACAACACAACAACAAUAUUCAAAUCUCCAUACACAUCCGCACACACAUUCGCAUCCGCAUGCACAAGUGCAAUUGCGAGGAAUUAUAAACAAAUAUUCAUUCUCACAACAACCAACACAACAUUUGCCCUCCACAGUAGCGGCCAAAAUAACCCAUGUCAAAUCCGAUAUUGGCGGUGGGAUCUCAAUUACCGCCGGGACUCCCAUCAUCAGCGGUGGCACCAUUAAGGUGGCCACUGCCGGCUCAGUUAAUCAGGUUCAGCAAUCCAAUCUAACCGGCGGUGGUCCUGGCCCUGGACAGCAACAACAACAGACAACUGCCGCGUCCAUACGUGCUAUUGGUGCUGGUGGCCAAUCAACUCAGGUGCGUGUCGUCAUGCCGAUGAUCAAACAAUUAGAGAAUGUCACAGCCACCGGACGAACACAGAUUACGGCCAUACCAGCUGGUGCAUCGGCUUCCACGGUGGCUCGCAGUGUGUCCAAUGCAUCGAUUACGGUCACUCGUCCAGUUACCCAGGGCACUUACGUGCCACGUGCCUCUGUGACAGCCACCCAGAUGGGUAGCGUUAGUGUCGGAGGCGUUGGUGUGGGUGGUGUCAAUGUCGGUGUGGGCGUGGCGGCCACACAACGUCUAGUUACCCCAUUGAGAGCCACAUCGACGGCCACAGUGACACCAGCAUCGGCGUCACCAGCGGGACUUCAAGCGGGCGGUUUUAUACGUGGCACCACCGUCAGUCGCAGUUCCAAUCAGCCACCGAACUCCACUGUAAUCUCAUCGGCCAAUAGUGCAACAGCUGCUGCCUGGAUGCAAAGUUCCACGGGUCAAGUGCAGCUAAUACGAGCCAUACAUCAGCCGAGGCAACGGAUCAUCACCACUUCCGCCGGUGGGGCAGUUAGCAGUGCAGUUGCUGCCAGCACUCCGGCAGCUUCAGUCCAAACCCCAACAGCACUCACUGUGUCCGCUGCCCAGCCAAUGCCAUCGCAACAACAGCCACAGCAACAGCCCACGGCUGGAAACUCUCAGGCCGCGGCUGCAGCGGCCUAUGUGGCCACUGUAUUGCCUCCACGUCAGCCCCAUCAACAGGCCACUCUUGUCUAUUCAUCCAAUCCAAAUCCCGCUGCAGUGGUCAAUCCCAGUGGUCACCAGCCCGGUCAGCCUGUCGGCGGUCAGCAGCAACAACAGCAGCAAUUCAAUCCACGUUUUGCUGUAGCCACGCCCACCACAACGCCGGGUGGAAGCACUGUGACACCACGUCAGGUGCGUCCCAUUCCACUGGGUAAAAGUUUCCCGGCGGCGAAAUUAAACACCACAAGCAUCAGCAUACGAGCUCCGAGUAUGCCACCCACUCAGACACCGGUGAGUGUGAGUGCUGGCGGGGCAACGGUUACGGCCCAGGGCCGUGGCCCGGUGGGCGGCACAACGACAACCACAAAUCUACCCACCACCCGGAUCAUACAGCUCCAACAGCCAGGGACAAGUGGAGCCACCGCGCAGCAGAUCAUAGGAUCAACGACACGUCUGACGGGCAAUGUGAUGCUACAGCCAUUCCUAAUGAGUACGACGCAGGCGGCCAAAAUGGGCAUAAGACCACCGGUGACCAUGACAGCCAAGGUGCAGCCAUCGCUAACGAUUACCCAAUUGAAUCCGAUUGGCAAAUUGUCGGCUUCGGGUGGUGCUGGUGGUGGUGGAGCCACUGGAGGAGCACCCACCCUAACGCCGCAGGGAGUGGCCAGCAUACAAGCUGUUCCAGUGCCCAGCGGUGUGGCAACUAGUGCAACUGGAGUGGGUGUGACCACAGCUCAGGCAGCGGCGGCGGCGGCUGCUGCUGCUGCUGGAGGAGCUACAGUUCUGCCACUGACCAUCAGUGGACGUGGCGGAGCCGUUGGGCCAGGUGGUAACAUAUUGACGGGCACUUUGACACCAAUAAAAAAUGCCAGCGGCAUAACCGGAGUGAAAAUGAUGAUGACCCAGGCGACAUCAAGUGGCGAUGGUGCCAUCGGACCUGGAGCAACUGGCAAUGCUCCAGCUGGUUUCCAACGUACAUGGAAUCCAGUGGUUGCCUCACAAAGUCAACUAAUGAAGAUUGAGGAGAAAACUGUUGGUAGUUCUGGCGGUGGAGCUGCCACCAUUUAUUAUGAAUCCAUGCCAGCAUCUGCCUCAACUGGAGUCCUCUCGCUGACCACCGCAACAGUUAGCCAGAGUAGCCAGGCUCAGCCUCAGUUGGUCAGCAGUGCGGGCCCAAGUAGUUUAUCCGUCUCUUCGCUACCCUUUGGCGCAGCAGGCCCCGGCGGUGCCGGUGGUGUUGCUGGUGGAGCAGCUAGUUCCACCUUUACGGUCCUGCCCUCGGGGACGACAGCAGCUGGGGCAGCCGGAGCUCGUGCCAUAGGACAUCAGCAAUUGAUUAUACCAGCGGGUGCAGGUGCUGGAGCAAAUGCUGCAGCUCAACACAUGGUGAUACCAUUGCACACGUCCGUCAAGGUGACCACCCAAGGUGGAGCAGGCGCCGCCACAGCAAGUGGAGCAGCCACCAUUGGUCCCGCAACAGCAAGCGCGGCUGUGUCCAGUUUUAUGCGUAAACGUGAUGCCGAUGGUUCCCCCAUACGGGCUGCUAAGAAUCUGCAACCCACUCUGCUGUCCAUGGCCAGUGGCAGCAGUAGCAAUCAGAUUCAAUCCACCGGCUCGGCUUUCCAAUUGCAACCCGUCUCGGUGACUACAGUGCCGUGCCAGCAGCAACAGCAACCAGUUACCUCAUUACCACCAACAUCGGGAGCCACUCUAACUGUGGAGGCAUUGGCCAAGAGGGGCAGCAACGUGCCCAUAAACUCAUCCGCUGUGGUUGCAGCUGUUGCCGCCGCUGCCGCUGGAGUGAAUGUGGUGACGACUACACGAAAUUUGCGCGCCGAAUCGCCAGCCUCUUCGGAUGGUUCCACCACCGUGUCGGCCAAUUCAUCGCCGGGAGUGGAUCAGCAAAUGGAGAAUAAUACAAAUAUGACCAUUAAUCGCCUUAACGAUGCUCCUCCAGCCAUAACCAAUAUUGUUGGCCAAGUGACCUCAAGUGGACGGGACAAUGCCACGCAUUUUAAUCCCAUCAAUGAGUUGUAUGCCACCCACCAGAAUUUGGCUCAUACAUCGCUGGGUGUACGAACGGGGAAUAGCGCCUUUGUAGAUGUCCAAGCAGCUGCAGCUGCUGCCGCCGCCGCUGCCCAACAGCAACAAUCGACAGUCUCAGCACUCCAUCCAGGUGCUCUGCCAGGUCAUUUGCAGCAGGUGACGCGCAUAAAUGGCACUGUCGGCAGCAGUUCAUCACAGACUGGCUUUGAUGGCACCGCACCGCGCAAAAAACCACGAAGAUCAACCAAUGACAGCCAACAGUCCAUCCAGAGUCAAGCUUCCCUCACGCUGCCACCACCUACGACGCCUACAGCAGCAGUAGUAGUAGGAGGAGGAGGAGGAGUAGGAGCCAAUGCAGCAGCAGGAGCACCAACUGUUGUCCCUGUUGUUACUCCCGGAGAGGCGCCAACAACCUCAGGAUAUAAUAAUGGUGGACUUUUGGUUACGGCUACGCCUGGCUUGGUAAUGACCACCACCAAUGCCAAUGAUGCCAAUCAUCGUCUCAAUCCUGCCCCACCCGUUAUUGUUGGCAACAAGGAGAAUGCUAAUCCCGUGGACUUUGUUCUAAAACGACCACGCAAUUGUGCAUUGCUGAAUACAUAUAAGCCCACCCAUAAGUUGGCCAAUAAUCAUUUCCAUCGAUAUACUGAUGUCAAGCCACGUGAAGAGCGUCGUGCCUCCGUCAUUGAUUUGGCUAAUCAGCCAAAUGUCCAGGGUAAAAUCAAUGGCUGGAAAAUUUAUCAUUUGCGUUCACAAAUGGAAGAUUUGAAUGAAUCGGAAGUGGUCAGUCUGGGGCGAUUGGAGGCUAUGCUUAAAGAAUUGGAAAAGGACAAGGAAAAGCAUAGCGAAAUCGAACGUAUCAAUGAGCUAUUAAAGGGCAACAUACAGCGAAGUAAAAUCAUAUCGGACGGAAUUGGUGAGGCACAAAAUCAGCUUAUGAAAAUCUUUGAGCAUAAACCUCAUGUCUCCGAUAUUAUUAAUCGUUGUGCAUCAAAACGGAAUUUCAAAAAACGCGAAAAGGUCUAAUCCUACCCUCCCCACCCGUAAUGUCCCCCUCCUCUCCUCUAUAAGUUAAUUUAGACUAAAAUGUAAUUUACCUUAAAUUAAUUUUAAAAAAAAUAUUUGCAAUCGAAUUUGUAAGACAAAACAAAGAAAAACGUUACAAAGAAAAAAUAAGAGCAAAUCCAAAUGUAAAUAAAUGCAAUAUUUUUUGAA